AAGCUGUAUCUAAAUUUAUGGUGCAGAUUCGGCUUCCUUCGGAAGUGAACCGUCCUGUACGGUCUUUCCUACACGUCCGUUUUUGGAAGGCAACCGAAUACCGGUCCUUCCUUCAUUAUGUUAGUGUUAUGGUCUGGAGGGAUUUUUUUACAUAUCAGCAAUAUAAUCACUUCUUGUGCUACUACUGCGGUGUGACGAUUUUUUCGUCCUCGGCACACCAGCGAUUAUGGCCUCUUGCUGAAAAACUCCUUACACAUUUUGUGAAGGAGUUUCGCAAGUAUUACGGUCGAGCCUAUCUAACUAGCAAUGUCCACAAUUUGAUACACGUGGCAGGAGAUGUUGCAAAUUGUGGACCGCUUGAUAAUUUUUCCACAUAUGCGUUUGAAAAUUAUCUUCAGAUAAUCAAACGGUAUGUGAAAUCGGGCACACGAGUAGCAGCACAGGUGGCGGCCCGGAUGCAAGAAAUUGCAUCUAUUGAAGUGGCUGCCAAUCGUACUGUUCUUACUUAUCCCCAGUUGAAGGAAAAUGGUGCUGGUCUACUCGUAGCCGCUGAUUUUAUCCUGCUGCCGAAUUUCAAAGAUCAAUGGUUCUUAACCAAAGAUCAUGGCAUUGUGAAGUUUUUGGAAGUAAAGAAAUUGGAUUCUUUACUUUACGUUAUAACUGGAAUCCAGUACGAGUACUGCACGGAGUUGUUUAGUUUGUCAGUAGACGAUCCAGCCAUCCAACUGUCGUCUACUGACUUAAACAUUUAUAAAAUUAAAGAAUCUUCUCCGCGCAGGAAGGUGGAAGUACCGCAUUAUAUGAUAUUUUGUAAACUUGUAUCGUACUAUCUACCUCCUUCCUCUCUUGCCCUACGACCUUCCAAUCCUCCUUUAGAUUCUGAUACUAUCGCUUUGUUUCCUCUUCUGCACACUUUUCAAACUGACACAGAUUUCAGCUCCAACUAAUAUUUUUCAUCUAACCUUCCACUAAUACUUUUAUGUUCCAGAAAUAUACUGUACUUCCAUCACUCUACUGGAUCUUUGUUGCCCGAUUCAUGGUAGGACGACCGUUUUUACCGCUUUGUGCGUUGUAAAGCUCACAGUGGUCAUUUAGGUUAAGAAUAUUCAUAACAUGGGUAGUUCAGUGGUCGUAUGAUACAUCAUAUGAUGUAUGAUGUGUUUAUGAAUGGGAGGGAAAAUGACCACCGUUGAUACAAAGCUUUACGUUUGCCAUGCGGGACCCCAUGCUUUUAAAUGCUCGCAUUUCCGCAAGCCUUUGACUAGUGAGCCGCUGCGUCCUCAAGAUCACUUGGGUUGGUAUAGGUUUGAUUAGGGUUCAUAGGUUGGGUUGAGUUGGUAUAGAUUUGGUUUCUUGGUUUGGUACAUUAUUAAUUUCAUUUAUUUUAUAAUAACAAACUCACAGACUAACACAUAACUAACACGUGUAAUCCUAAUCAAAAGAAAUGAUAAUGAAGUUAGUUAACUUAAAAUUUUUGAUAAUGUUAAUGAUGAUUAAAAUUAGUCAAAAAAAUUGCAUAACGGUAACGCAUAUAUUGAGACACGCGCGCGUAAAAGUGAGUUAAUAAUUGUAUUACUCACUCGUAGAUAUUGUUUUUGAUUUAUUCCGAUUCUUCUCAAUAUGAUGCGUGGGAAUGGGGUGGGCCUUCAUUAUCAUUUCAAAUAGCAAGAGAUUAAUAACAGUUGGUAAAAUUUUAUAUUUCAUUGAUUUCAUAAAAUAAUAUUUCAUUGGUUGGUUGGUUUAAAGUUCAUUUUAUUUCCUGAAACACAAUAACAAUAACUAAGAUUAAUUUAUAUUUGCUUUGAAUGUCGCUUGAAUGCACUGCGGCAUACACUUUUAAUGGUGCCCUUCCUUUGAGCACACAUUUUUGCAUUUUUAAAUUUAAGCUUCAAAAAGUUUUCUAUGUCUAUGUCGUUUGUUUCGCUUUGGUUGUUUGGAGCUCCUAUUGCUUUCAGAAGUUGUAAUAUUUUGUGGUAAUGUUUGAAGGCAACUUUGGAAUGAUAACCAUUCCAGUUACACUGCGUAAAAAACAAUGGGUUUAGAAACAAAUAUAACGCUUCGUGCAGCCUUUGCUUAAUUUGUGUUGCGUUAAUUUUAGCGCGGAAGAUUUUUUUUAUAUGCUCAAAAUAAUUUGAGCUCGAAAGCAUCUCUUCUAGACUAUCUAAUUCCGCCUUUUUUGUUAUGAGCGGGAACGGAGUAUCAGUUGACCCUUCCGGUGCGGUUUCGGUGGUCGAAACAUCCAAUGUUGUUGGCGGUGGAUUGGCCUGCUGUACUAUGAUGCGAUCUACUUUCUUUUGUAGAUCGGCAAUACACUUACAGAGGAUGACUAUCUGCUUAGAAUUUUGCAGCGCCACCUUCUCACAUCGGCAUCGGUCGACAGCACCACACUCAGCAGAGGACACCACUUCGUUGUAAUCUUUGUCCAUGUUCGGAUAUUUCACGGGUGCACUAAAGAUUCUUCUUAGAAAACGCCUUGGAAGCCAAAGAUUACAGCAAACCGCCUAAAAUUGCAUUAAGGUAUGUUAACAAAACCAGUUUUAACGCAAUUAUACUAGUUUAAUCCUUCUUACCUUUUCAUAAAACAAGACACACCACGAGGAUCACAAAACACGAUGACAACACUGGUAGAGCAAAAUUAGGUACCAAACCGCAUGGACAAAUAACAAUGCAAUGUGCGAUAUGAAAUAUCAUGUAUUUCCCAGAAUAAACGGUAAACAGUAUUUAUUUUGUUUUUUGUAUUUUGACAGUAGCAUGACAUGGAUAUGGCAUCCGAAAAAUAAAUAAAUGUACACUUUGACGCAAGAGUAUAAACGCGCGUGACGUCAUCAGACAUUUCGCUUAAUCUCUGAGUGUCGGGCGUACGAUUAAGCGAAGAUUAAGCGAAGUUUAAGCGAAUGAGUUUCAUACAAAUUUUCACUCAAUUGCCCGCAGGGAAACCAUCCGCGCGGGUGAUAAAAGGGUACGGUGGAAAAGCACAUAGUGUGUGUGGCGAAAUAACAAUCCAAGCGAUUAUCGACGAAGUGAAGUAAGACAUUCGUUUCGUGGUAGUUUCAUUAGAUUCCAUCGACACCAAAAUUCUAAUUGGAAUUAUCGUUCUACAAGAAGUCGACUAUUCGAUCACGAAUGGUGAGGUAAAAAUAACGAAACGAAAGGGGGAAGAACAAUGUACGGUUGAGGAUGAACGUUGGGUGUAUCAAAUAGUGUGCGAAAAUCAGCAGGAGCUAGAUGUACCAUCAUCUUAUCGUGGCGUUGUAAGUGAUAUGGUGAAAGAAUAUGAACCAUCCAAAAACUCUGCCGUAGAAAGUGAGUUGAAAAUAUGUGUCAGUAAUCAAGAUGUGGUACGCACGUUGCCGAGAAGAUUAGCUCCAUUGGAGAAAGAAGUGGUGAGGAAUCAAGUUCGAGAAUGGUUAAAUGACGGUAU